GAUGGACCAUCGUGCUGUUCUGGUGCCUAUUCAUGACCCAAUUCGACGCGGGAUCUGCUGGGCCCCCGACAGCGGUGGGAGGGCCAAUUCGGUGGCUGACCAGUCCGCGGGCUUACUCCGCAAUUGGCGGAGAGGACCGCCUCGAUACCGAGCUGGCGGCAGCGACGCAAGCAUGCCAGAGGGUCACGAUCCUUUUUGCGCAGGGCCCCAGCACGGCCACGCCUGAUGCCGGCGACGCGCGCUGUCAGGUGGCGGCCAAGCUCGUCUCGGUCAACCCUGGCUCUCGCGGGCCACUUCUCAACUUCCUGCCGCACUUCCCCCGCGAGGUGGUCGUGGCCCAGGAGACGCGGGUGAUCGACCAGCGGCUGGGGGCUGUUCAAUAUGUCGCGCGCGACGCAGGUUGGCGCGGCCUCUGGGCCCCUGCCGAGGAGACGGGAGUAGCGUCCGCGGCGUCGUGCUCCAGUGGGAUAUGCGUGCUCGCGCCUACCAACGUGAUGGGCAUCGGUGUUACUGGGGCCAACCUCUCGAUCCAAUGGGCGCUUGCGAAGCGCGCGGCGGCGUGGAAAGCGCGCGGCCUCGACGGGGCCAUCGGGGGCGACUGGGGCGCCGACGGCCAGAGCAUCAACAUUGGCGGCUGGGUUGGGCCUUUGGCAGGCACUCGCUUCCAGCCGUCGGCCCCUACGUGCGCCACCUGCAGUGCAGUGUCCACCAUCGACUACUUCUCGGCGGCCAGCAAUCUCGCGCCCCGAGUCUCUCGCCAGCCCGAG